CUUUUACGUCAUGCGUCGCGCACGGCAACGUCGCGUCCCCUUCGCUUGGGCUGUGAUUGACAAUAAUGGCGACGAGUCUGUGUUAAGUUGUUCGGUUUCAACGGAACCAGCUUGAAAAUCCAUCCUAAGGAGACGGGCUUACAUGCAUUCGGAUCCCGGAGCAAAAAUGUAAAAGGAUCUCUAGCUUGGAAAAGAACGGAUAACUCAUUCGAGGAACAUUACAGUUCAGGUAUUGGGAUUCCGAGGGAAGCACGAAAGAGAAAUUAUAUCCCUGAGAUCGCGCUGACAACAACAACCAGCAUACGAAUAAAAAAAGGGAUUGUUUUGUUAUUUCUCCUAUUUAAGAAGGAAUACAAGAUAAGCCUUCCAGAUGUGGAACUGCUUACUAUUACAACACAGCAUUUAAGGGGACGCAUGCAGAAACCUCUAUUCGCAUAUCAUCACCCCGUUUUUAAAGAGAGCUUGUUUGGGAAGGAAAACAGAAAAGUGGAUUGAAAAGUCAUCACAAAAAGUUGAACAAAUGUGUUGAACAUAUUUUAGUUGGACGUUUUGAACACGUUUCGUGACCUUCUGUAUUGAAAUUGAUACUUCGAACUUUACUUUUUUUUGUCGUGGAAAUGAGUGGUACUAAGUAUUAAAGAAAAGGCCUAACUGGUUAUACAACAGAAGCGCUCUUAAUUUGUAUAAAGUAGGUUGGUUGUUGUACUUUGUUGCACGUUUUGAAGACUUGCCUAGCCAGUGAGAACGUCUAGGAAGAAAACGAGACCUCAAACAUUGAUUUGUUUCGCAACUGGACGCCGACAGUUAUCAUCGAGAUCAGUACAGACUGAUCUAAGCCCACAACGAAAACAGUCGCCAAAUGGCAAACUGAAACGAGUGCUUUUUUUACCUUUUGAAAAACACCGUCCCUUAAUCAUUUGCACAACAUAUUUCCAAAUAAUUUCUGGCGCAGCUAAACCCCAGACACAGCAGCGAUGACCAUGUAAACUAUGCUGUUUUGUAUGUGUGUGGUAUAGGUGCAUUCAGACAUAAAGGAAUGUGUUUGGUUAUACUUAACAAACUAACUUUAUAGUUUGUAAGAACUACAGUCUUCUGCUUUUGGAACUCAAUGCAGAAAGCCUAAAAAUAUAUAUAACUGUUGUGGUUUAUCGUGUCAUAGUGAUUUUAAAUGACAACCGGCAGGAAUAACCGAAUCAUGAUGGAAGGCGUGGGUGCCAGGGUGGUCCGGGGUCCAGAUUGGAAAUGGGGCAAACAGGAUGGCGGAGAGGGCCAUAUUGGCACCGUCCGCAGCUUCGAGAGCCCAGAAGAAGUGGUGGUCGUCUGGGAUAACGGGACUGCUGCCAACUAUCGCUGCUCGGGGGCAUAUGACGUCCGAAUAUACGACAGUGCGCCCACAGGAAUCAAGCAUGAUGGGACCAUGUGUGAUACUUGCCGUCAGCAGCCGAUUAUUGGUAUCCGUUGGAAGUGUGCAGAAUGUACAAACUAUGAUCUGUGCACAGCUUGUUACCAUGGAGAAAAACAUCAUCUGAGGCACAGGUUCUACAGAAUCACCACACCGGGAAGUGAGAGGGUUCUGCUUGAGUCUCGCCGCAAAUCUAAAAAAAUCACUGCCAGGGGUAUCUUCACUGGCUGCCGGGUGGUGCGAGGAGUGGACUGGCAGUGGGAGGACCAAGACGGAGGCAACGGGCGCCGGGGCAAGGUGACAGAGAUUCAAGACUGGAGUGCAGCCAGCCCUCACAGUGCAGCAUAUGUUCUGUGGGACAAUGGGGCCAAGAACCUUUAUAGAGUGGGGUUCGAGGGCAUGUCUGACUUGAAAUGUGUUCAAGAUGCAAAAGGGGGGUCAUUUUACAGAGAUCAUUGCCCUGUGCUAGGUGAACAGAAUGGGAACCGGAACCCUGGGGGCCUGCAGAUUGGCGACCUGGUGAACAUUGACCUAGAUUUAGAAAUUGUGCAGUCCCUGCAGCAUGGACAUGGCGGGUGGACUGAUGGCAUGUUUGAGACCUUGACCACCACAGGCACAGUCUGUGGCAUUGAUGAAGAUCACGACAUUGUGGUACAGUACCCCAGUGGAAACAGGUGGACGUUCAACCCUGCUGUGCUGACGAAGGCAAAUAUGGUUCGGAGUGGAGAUGCAGCUGCAGGCGCAGAAGGGGGCACCUCCCAGUUUCUUGUGGGAGACCUGGUUCAGAUCUGCUAUGACAUUGAGCGAAUCAAGCUUCUCCAGAGAGGACAUGGCGAGUGGGCAGAAGCUAUGCUGCCAACUUUGGGGAAGGUUGGUAGAGUCCAACAGAUCUAUUCUGACAGCGACCUGAAGGUGGAGGUUUGCGGGACAUCCUGGACUUAUAAUCCUGCGGCUGUUACCAAGGUAGUCCCAGCAGGCUCUGCUGUGACCAAUGCAUCUGGAGAACGUCUGUCUCAGCUUUUAAAGAAGCUCUUUGAAACACAAGAAUCUGGAGAUAUUAAUGAAGAACUCGUUAAAGCAGCUGCCAACGGGGAUCUCGCCAAAGUUGAAGACUUGCUGAAGCGCCCUGACGUUGAUGUGAACGGACAGUGUGCUGGGCACACAGCUAUGCAGGCAGCCAGUCAAAAUGGACAUGUGGACGUGCUAAAAUUACUGCUCAAACACAGCGUUGACUUAGAAGCAGAGGACAAAGAUGGAGACAGGGCUGUGCACCACGCAGCUUUUGGAGAUGAAGGGUCGGUUAUUGAGGUUUUGCACAGAGGAGGUGCGGAUCUGAAUGCUCGAAACAAGCGCAGACAGACUCCUUUACACAUUGCAGUAAAUAAAGGUCAUCUGCAAGUUGUUAAGACUUUGCUGGACUUUGGCUGCCAUCCCAGUCUUCAGGACUCUGAAGGAGACACCCCUCUUCAUGACGCGAUCAGUAAGAAGCGGGAUGAUAUGCUGUCUGUGCUUUUGGAGGCCGGGGCUGACGUCACCAUCACAAACAACAAUGGAUUCAAUGCGCUUCAUCAUGCUGCGCUACGAGGGAACCCCAGUGCUAUGCGGGUUCUGCUGUCUAAGCUGCCAAGGCCCUGGAUAGUGGAUGAGAAGAAGGAUGAUGGGUACACCGCCUUGCAUUUGGCUGCUCUCAACAAUCACGUGGAAGUAGCAGAGUUACUGGUUCACCAGGGCAGCGCCAGCCUGGACAUUCAGAAUGCUAACCAGCAAACUGCUUUGCACCUGGCAGUGGAACGGCAGCAUACCCAGAUUGUCAGACUGCUGGUUCGUGCAGAAGCGAAGCUGGAUAUCCAGGAUAAAGAUGGAGACACUCCUCUCCACGAGGCUCUCAGACACCACACCCUCUCCCAGCUCCGCCAGCUCCAGGAUAUGCAGGACGUCGGCAAGGAGGAUAGCCCUUGGGAGCCAUCGAAAAACACUUUAAUAAUGGGCCUGGGAACUCAAGGUGCUGAGAAAAAGAGUGCUGCAUCGAUUGCCUGUUUCCUCGCAGCCAAUGGAGCAGAUCUGACUAUCAGAAACAAGAAGGGACAAUCUCCACUGGAUCUCUGCCCUGAUCCCAGCCUCUGUAAGGCAUUGGCAAAAUGUCAUAAAGAAAAAUCAAGUGGACAGGUUGGCUCUCACAGCCCCUCGCUGAUCAGCAACGACUGUGAAACACUUGAGGAGUGCAUGGUAUGCUCUGAUAUGAAGAGGGACACCCUCUUCGGGCCCUGUGGGCACAUUGCCACCUGCUCAUUGUGUUCUCCACGGGUCAAGAAAUGCCUCAUAUGCAAGGACCAAGUCCAAUCCAGAACAAAGAUUGAAGAAUGUGUGGUAUGUUCGGACAAGAAGGCAGCUGUGCUCUUCCAGCCUUGUGGCCACAUGUGCGCCUGUGAGAACUGCGCCAGCCUGAUGAAGAAGUGUGUGCAGUGCCGCGCUGUGGUCGAGCGGAGAACACCUUUCAUUACGUGUUGUGGUGGGAAAGGUAUGGAAGAUCCCACUGAUGAUCUUACCAGCGCAAACAUCCCUGCUUUUCAGAGAGACAAGGACAACACAAAUGUUAAUGCAGACGUGCAGAAACUGCAGCAGCAGCUGCUGGACAUCAAGGAACAGACAAUGUGCCCGGUCUGCCUGGAUCGACUGAAGAAUAUGAUCUUCAUGUGUGGCCAUGGCACGUGCCAGCUAUGCGGUGACCGAAUGAGCGAAUGCCCCAUCUGUCGCAAGGGUAUUGAGCGCAGAAUCCUCCUCUACUAGACAAGGGAGAAGGGGAGAAAGAGGAAGUGCCAUUGCAGCUGCCUGAGUAGAUGCGAUUCAGCAAUUAUAUAUCUUCAAUAACUGACUUUUGUUUUUUUAAUUGCUUUUGUUUUAAAUAAAAAAUAGUGCGGUUCUCCAACUGUAGAUGGUAGAGGAAAAGGUUUAGAAAUGAAAGAAUUCAAGAAUCGGAGGCCAAAGCCUGAUAGUUCUUCUUACUGUUGCUGGCUCCUGUGUUUUCUUUUUUAAAGCAAGUAUAUCUUUCAACUGCUAUCGAUUGUGAAACAGUGCAAAACAGUACUCCAUUAGUGAAAUAUGCAAUGCACCGGUUCAUUGUAAUGAGCAAGGAAUUCAAAUAUUAAAGCAAUUGAUUGAGGUCAUGAAAACUGCACACAAGGGAGGGCAGCAAGUGUAGCAGAGCACAGUUUGGAUGCUAUUAAAUAGGCUGUUCAUUGAAUCCUAGCUGAGGCAAUGCUGCUUUUAAUUAUUAUUAUUAUUAUUAUUAUUAUUAUUAUUAUUUUUUAUUUUAUUUUUUUUUGUUGUGUUUUUUUUUCUUUUUUUUUUUUUUAAUAUAGAAGAAUGGCAUAAAUGUUUUAACACUAAACCCAGGAUUGUUCUCAAUAUAGAUAUGUUGGCAAUCAAGAACCAAAGUCAUUCAAAUGAACCAGCACUUCCCUAGAGGUAUUACACAACUUUAAAACCUGUUGUCUUAUUCUAAACUUUCUCUCGCUGUUUUUAUCCUAGGUAAGCUUAGUAUAAGCAUUUUGAAAACAUUUUGCUUUCUACGUGCAUUACAGUGGUUACACCAGACAUUUACUGUGGAAAUCUAGCAUAAGGGUGUGGUCAUAUAUAUCCACUGGCCCAUGAAGCUGUGUGCAUCACAGUCCAGGCAUUGUUUUAAAACUAGAUUGUUAGUGUGGUAUCAAUUAUAUAUGGUUCAGAGUCUGGACUUAUUAUUUUUUUAUUUUGCAAUUUGCUGUUGGUUUCACUUGUGCUUGUCACCCCAAGUGCAUGAUAUCAAUCAUUUAGAAAAUAAAUUGCUUUUUCAAAAACUGUUUUUCAUUGCAAUUUGAGGUUCAGAGUACAGUAGUCAAACACAAGGCAGCCCUAUACUGCCACUCAGUAUUGAAAAUGGCACAGUGAACAGAAAUGUACAUGGAACAAAUAUAUUUUCAUUUUCUCUUGGUAACGUAGUGCAUUCAAAUUAGUGUGUGUGUGUGUGUGGUGUUUUUUAUUUUUAAUUUGUUUUUAUUUUUACUAAAUGCAUCAUAAGCAUAGCAGAACCUGAUUUUGUGGACUUGUAAACCUGGUUGCUUAGGCAACUCAAUACAAAAUGGUGAACACUACAAAGGACAAAAUAGCAAUUGUGCACCGUAGGUAAUGUCAUUUUUUGUUUCUGAAGGCAAAAAUAAUAGCUGAAUGUGCCAGAAUUGCUCGUCAUCAUCAGAACAGAACUCAAUUUGAAAAUAUUGCAUUGACACCAUUUUCCUAUGGUGCAAGACAUCCGACUUGACCUGUAUAAAAGAAUAGCAUCUAAAGUCUUUAACAUCUGAAGUAGUCUUUAGCGUUGAUUUUCAAAACUGUUUAAACUACACUACACAUAGAUAAUCGGGCACAAUCAUGGUGACUUUUUCAUACAAUUAUUAUAGUAGCUGUGCAUUGUUGAACUAAAUGUAGAUUUAUGGUAUUGCAUAUUUGAUUUUUAAAACUGCCGUUCUUAAGCGCAUUUUGACACCUUUUUUUUCUUGCUGCAGGAAUGAUUAGCAUAAAAGCACACUUAAUAUAUCUGUGUUUAAACUGUAUAAGCUAGCUCCACUAGCAUGUAUAUUCAUCUUAAAAUGUAUUGCAUGAAAUAUUGAUAGCCUGCUGAAUAAGGCAGACUGCUGUUAACUGUUUGAUUUUGCAGACCCAAACUAUGUCGAUAACGGGAGGAGAUUGCUUGCAGUGUUGAAGACAAUGGAGGUCAGGGCUGUCCUCUAAUAAUAAUAGAUGACUGCUCAAUGAAAAUCAUAUUAAAAAAACAAACAAAAAAAACUGUUAACCUGGUUUCAAUUGACUUCUUUAUUCGUAUAAACGUGACCUGAAAAGUUUAAUUUUCCACUAAAAGAAUGUCUCUGCUCAUACAAAAUCAGGUAAUCUGCAAUGAAGUGGACAAUCAAAAAAAGGUUUUAUCAAUGGAAGACCAAAUUUAUUUUAGAAUUGUCCCUACUCUAAAUUGGCCUUUAGCUGCUGCCACUAUCUGCAGCUUGUAUUCAGUUAAAUGCUCCUUUGUUUUCUUGUGAGCAUUUUUAAUGUUUAGGUGUUUUAUGUAUUGAAGAAGAAAUGUGCAGUACCUCUACAAAUGUAUUCAAGUACAUUUAAACAAAUCAAGCGUGUUGUUUUUUUUUUUUUUUCCAGUUUUGUUGUCUUGCAUUGUCCAAACUAGGUAAUGUUUAAAUUGAUAUGGUCUUUGUCAAAACGUGAGCAAUUGGAGUCCUGAAAAUAUGAAUGUAAUUUCAGAUGAGAAGGGAAGUGUGCAUGUGUGAGAUGUGGGGGGAAAGUAAUGGUGUAUGUGUUAAAAAGAAACUUAAUAAGGACUGAUACAAGGUGCAAGCAUUUUAGAUAUAAGCCUUGUAUUAGAGUUCAGCACAAGUCUGCAGUGUUUGUACCGAAGCAUGGUCUCAGUGGCUGACAAUGCCCUAUGCAAAUGUUAUUUAUUUUAGAACAGAAAUAAGCUUUGGCUUUGACUGCCUAGUUUUAUUAUCGACACGUAUUAUUAUUAUUAUUAUUAUUUAUUAUUAUUUUUUUUUUAAUUUAGUCGUUGCCAAUUAGUUUUUAUUAUUUUCUCUUCAAUUUGAAAUACCCAAUUAUUUUUAGGCUCAGCUCACCACUACCACCCCUGCGCUGGCUCGGGAGGGGCAAAGAUGAACACACGCUGUCCUCCGAAGCGUGUGCCGUCAGCCGCCCGCUUCUUUACACUCUGCAGACUCACCGUGCAGCCGCCUCAGAGCUACAGCGUCGGAGGACAGCGCAGCUCUGGGCAGCUUACAGGCAAGCCUGCAGGCGCCCGGCCAGACUACAGGGGUCGCUGGUGCGCGGUGAGCCGAGGACACCCUGGCCGACCUAACCCUCCCUCCCCCCGGACGACGCUCAGCCAAUUGAGCGCCGCCCCCUGGGAGCUCCCGUCCACGGUCGGCUGUGGAAUAGCCUGGACUCGAACUUGCAACGUCCAGGCUAUAGAGCGCAUCCUGCACUCUAGCGAGUGCUUUUACUGGAUGCGCCACUCGGGAGCCCUCGUAUUAUUAUUUUAACAUUUAAUCUAGAUGCACAAAUGUACUGUCUAAUUGCUAGUAAUGUAUUUUAACUUGGUAGGUUUUUUGUUGUUGUUAUCACGAAAGAUCUUUCUUCACAAGGUGUUGCAGUACAAAUCAGUCUGUUCUCUUUUUUUCCAAUCAUUGUUACAGGACUUGUUAUUACUGUUUCCUUUUCUUUUUUUUCUUUUUUUUUUUUUUUUUUUUUUGCUUCAGUGUUUGUGACAACUGCAAUAGCUUUUGUAACAUGAAAGCUGUUUAGUUCACUCUGUAUUGCUAAGUGCUUUAAAAUAAAUGCUUUGUUUAAAUAAACUGGUCUUUCAAGACCAACGCUUUAGAAAUAAACACCACUAUGCCUCA